AUGGUGGUUUUUGUUGUUCCCGCGAAGCGAAGAUCAUUCGCUUGGCGAAUGAAAGUCAAUGGUGACUCCGCCGUGGAAAGAGCCGCUUCUUUCUUGCUUGAUAGGGGGGCUUCCAUUCACCAGCGCAGACUAAAAAAAAGUGCUCUCCGAACCGUGCUGGAUAGUCACCUAUCACACGGCUCUCACUCAAACCCAACCUGUGGUGGAUCCCGGGGGACAAAGUCAAAGCGCUUGAUCCUUCCUUUGCCCCAUACUAUACUUGGAGAUGCUCCUCACCGCCGAUCAAGCAGCGACGCUGCUCUAGGCUUAGCUUUAAGCCGCUAUCGUUCGGCAAGUGUUCAGGGACUUAGGGCUCAGAUAAGAGACCCAGGGAUCAAAGACGAGAUCUAUCCUAAAGAGAAAGAAGAAGAAAAGAGGACUCUCGAAGCCAAGGGUAAGAUCAAGACUCCAAUAGCCAGCCCACCAAGUUUCGAAUACAGAAAGAGCAUAGGGUUUGCUGAGAAUCCGUUGCUAUUGGACUUGGCAAGUCAUAAGCCCAGAAGGAAGAAGUCGUAG